UUCCACAGAAAUAGUAAAAGUUUUAGCAUUUCUGCGGUUCUUGGCAGAUAGUUAAAGCUGGUCAACUGGAAUAAUACAAACUGUAAGACUCAGUCAGGGUUCAUGUAACAAUCGGCUUAUUUCUUUUGGGGCGAAAGUGUAAACGUAUUAUUUAAAGCUGAGUUGUCAUAGCGAUGGAGGGGCCCACAGAGGACAGCCUGUGUGGCAAAUGGAGAAACGGCUGCAGAUUGGACAGAGACAGGCUGAAGGACAUUUUCUCAUGCCGGCUGCUGAAGACCAUCGCCAUGGGACAGGUCCUGUCCCUGCUGAUCUGUGGGACGGCGGGCAGCUGCCAGUACCUGGCCGAUGCCGGGGUGGAGACRCCCAUGCUGCAGAGCUUCCUGAACUACGUCCUGCUGCUACUCACGUAUACCCCGACCCUCUGCAUCCACAGAGGUGACGCCAACAUCCUGAAGAUCCUGAGAACCAAGUGGUGGAAGUAUCUGGUGAUGGGUCUGGCCGAUGUGGAGGCAAACUACAUGGUGGUGAAGGCGUACCAGUUUACCACCCUGACCAGCAUUCAGCUGCUGGACUGCUUCGUGAUCCCGGUGCUGAUGGUUCUUUCGUGGAUCUUCCUGAAGACGCGCUACAGGCCGCUGCACUUCGUAGCUGUGAUGGUGUGCCUGCUGGGGGUGGGGGCCAUGGUGGGGGCCGACAUCGUAGCCGGGAGGGACCAGGGAUCCACCAGUGAUGUGGUUCUGGGUGACGGCUUGGUUCUGCUCAGCUCCGUCCUCUAUGCUGUGUCCAACCUGUGCCAGGAGCACACGGUGAAGAACCUGAGCCGGGUCGAGUUCCUGGGAAUGAUGGGACUGUUUGGGACUCUGAUCAGCGGCGCGCAGCUGGCUGCACUAGAAAUCAAUGCUGUUAAAGCGAUAAAAUGGGAUCUUUACAUCUUCAUGCUGUUUGCGGUCUACGCCCUGUGCAUGUACGCGCUGUACAGCUUCAUGCCGGUUGUGGUGAGGCUGACCAGCGCCACGGCCGUCAACCUGUCGCUGCUCACCGCCGACCUGUUCAGCCUCUUCUGCGGCCUUUUCCUCUUCAGCUACCAGUUUUCUGUGCUGUACAUCGUCUCGUUCAUCAUCAUCACUGUGGGUUUCAUUAUGUUCAACGCCGUGCCGACGCUCUCCGCCGUUCCGGAAGGCGACGACCCGCAGGCGGCCGAUGCUGCCUCCGAUCCGGCCGCCGACCGGCUGCUGGCUGCAGGCGGAGACACUCAGAGAACCGGAUCGGUYGUGAUGUUCACAACUCUCUGAUGGAACCAGGUUCUGUAACCGAGGCCAGUUACUGUUACGAGUUACACCGGAUUGUUUUCUGCUCCAAAGCCAGGCAGACGGUUUACAGUCCGGGUCACRGRCCUUUUAGUUUUUCCUGUUUCUGAACCUCUCAAUUAUGUGGAAUAAUAAUGAAUAAUAAUAAUGAAACUUAUCAGGAAUAU